AUGGAGUUCGAUUUGAAAAGCAGUCCGAGGGCGAAGAACACGGCUACAGCGAAGGACAUUUGCGCCUGCUUCGUGAUUCAUUUCAAGAACCGACCUAUCGAUAUAGCAUCUUUCAGAGAGGCAGAUACAAAAGUCGUGCAAGAGCAUGAGGCCUUGAUCCAAGAAAUCGUGGAAAAAACUUUGAGGCCGACAGUGAAUGUCCUGAGGGAUGGCAUUAUGCAGGCCUUUGAGAUAAGCAAAGACGAUGCACAGGAAAUUGCCAAGAAGAUCUGCUCCUGCUUCGUUCUUGCUCGAAGCAAGAUGCAGAGCACCUCCACUGGCAAGAAAUUGGAGCCAGCGCUCUGGAGGCUUGUGCAGAGGCUUAAGAGUUUGUCCGACACUUGCAAUUCUUCGCCGAAAGCACCUAGUUCGAAGGCCAGUUCUCACGAAGUUCCAUCGACAUCCCGGGCUUCCAACUUGAAGAAGAGGUUGUUGUUCUCUCCUGAGAGGAGAGUGAGACGCAAGACGGCUGCACGUCCCGAGUCCGCCAAAGAGAUUUUGUCGGUUUAUGGACUUAAUCGGACAGAUGCAGAGGAGGAGGUUAAAGAUGCAGACGUCGAGCUUGCAGACGAAGCUGGCGAUGUUGAUGACUUUGGUGUUAUUCAUGACAGCCAAAGCGAAAUUGAAAUCUGCUCGUCGGAAAAUGAGGAGCCGGCCGCAGCGAAGACCAAAGGACGAGCAAAGAAGGCUUAUUUUGACCCUGCGGCUGGAUGCUACAUCAGACUCAAUCCAGAUGGCCAAGAAGUGAGAGGAGAACUUUCAGAGGGACCUGAGGGGUUCUGCAUGGUUCGCUUUCCAUCUGAAAUGCCAUUCCAAUCGGAGGUGCCGAAUUUAUGGCUUGCUCAGAUGAAUGAAGGCAAAAAAGGCCCGAAGCUGAAACGAGCUCGUGGGAAAGCUAAAGCCAAAGCGAAGGGCAAGUGUAAGCAGUCGUCCGCCCCGGAGGAGCAGGAAGCACCGGAUUCCGAAGCAGCUCCUGCUGAGGAGUCUCCUGAUGCAGCAAGCGAUUCUGGUCCUGACAAAAAGCUCGAGGCGGCGAGGCCUGCAAAUUCUGCAGCUAGUGAUGCACUCCUGUUCCAAGGCUAUGAUAUCACAGGAAUGCCAGAAGAGGCUCAGCCACCGGCCGAUGCUUCGGGCAAGCACUCUUACACUGUUCGACUGCCGGACGGGAUCGCCAUUGACGUCCUUGUGAGGAACAAGGCUUUCUGGAUCAAGAAGCCAACAGAAUGCCGAUCCCAGUACUCCUGGUCGCAGUACGACAAUUUAGCAGAUGCUUGGAGUGACUGCAUUAAAUAUUGCCGGGAUUCUUUGGCAGACAAGCAGAAGAAGGCUGAGUCGGUUAAAACCCUGACCUGA